AUGACCACUGUUGAAAAGAUAAAAGCUAUUGAAGAUGAGAUGGCCAAAACUCAGAAAAACAAGGCCACUUCCUUCCACUUGGGACAGCUCAAAGCCAAGUUAGCAAAGCUUAGGAGAGAGUUGUUAACUGAUGGAGGCUCUGGAGGUGGAGGAGGCGGCGUUGGUUUCGAUGUGGCUAGAACGGGUGUUGCAACUAUUGGGUUUGUUGGGUUUCCUUCUGUUGGUAAAUCAACAUUGUUAUCAAAGUUGACGGGGACGCAUUCUGAAGCAGCUGCAUAUGAGUUUACAACAUUAACAACGGUGCCAGGUAUCAUUAAGUACAAAGGUGCCAAGAUACAAAUGUUGGAUUUACCAGGUAUUAUUGAAGGUGCCAAGGAUGGUAAAGGUAGAGGUAAGCAAGUUAUUGCAGUGGCUAGAUCAGUCAACCUCUUAUUCUUGGUGUUGGAUGUUAACAAGCCAUUGCAACAUAAAAGAAUCAUUGAACAUGAACUAGAGGGUAUGGGUAUCAGAAUCAAUAAGGAGCCACCAAAUAUUGUGAUAACGAAAAAGGAUAAGGGAGGUAUCAACAUCACCAACACAGUUCCGUUGACGCAUUUGGACAAUGACGAGAUUAGAGCUGUUAUGUCGGAAUACAAAAUCAAUAGUGCAAAUAUUGCCUUUAGAUGUGAUGCCACGGUUGACGACUUGAUUGAUGCUAUAGAGUACAAGGCUAGGAAGUACAUUCCAGCAAUCUAUGUCUUAAACAAGAUUGACUCAUUUUCGAUUGAAGAGUUAAAUUUAUUGACGAAAAUCCCAAACGCGGUGCCAAUAUCUUCUGGUAAUGGAUGGAACUUGGAUGAUUUGUUAGAAGUUAUGUGGUCUAAACUAAAGUUGGUAAGGGUUUAUACCAAGCCCAAAGGAAAAUUGCCAGAUUUUAAUGAACCAGUUGUUUUGAGGAGCGACAGAUGUACUGUCGAAGAUUUCUGUAACUCAAUUCACAAGUCGUUGGUCGAAGAUUUUAGAAAUGCAUUGGUUUACGGAACAUCAGUCAAGCAUCAGCCACAAAUUGUGGGACUAACUCAUGUACUAGAGGAUGAAGAUGUAAUUACUAUCUUGAAGAAGUAA